GCAUUGUUGUCCUUGGAUAAUAUUGUGGCAUAGCACAGCGAUGGUGAUCUUGGAGCACGCCCUGUUCGGCACUUUCCCCCACGCAAUUUCCAUAAUGCAUAGAGCUGAACACACGGCCUUCUUCAAAUGCUCUCCAACCCUCUUCUCCAUAAUGGUCCUCCAAAUUCGGCCUUACGCCGUUUUUACCUUGAAAAUGACGCCUGAAUUCUUCCCCCAAUACGCCUGCGACCAACUCCACUACGUUCAAUUCAGCAUCGACGACUUCUACAUGACAAUCGUGGAACAGCGAACCAAUCGCUUUUCUUCCGUCACCCUCUCUAUUGCGGAGCACCAACGCCAUUUUGCCAUGGAAUUUUCCCCUCCUAGCCUCGUACAUCCGAGGACCAAACUCAUACCCACGUCGCCUCCUGAACGAGGUAUCAACGAGGGUGCAAUUGACUAUGCAUCCUUUGUGUCCUUUGAUUUAUUUCACUUUCGACGCCUUGUGACGGGUUUAGAGAAUAAUGAACAUGCUUAUCUCACUAUUACCGAUUCACAAAUCAAGUUCUUGGUUGAAGAUGUGGAGGUUGUUCUUACUACUCAGAGGAACGAAUGCAUAAUUGGAGGUUUUGCUGCGGGAGAAGAGUUUGAAUCCGCAAUGUGUUUGUGUCCAUGGGAAUUCUUCUAUAAUUUCACAUCGGAAAGAUUAUGGUUGUUCAAGUCAUAUGAUCCAAAGGGUAUGACACUCAUUGCUCCUAUGGGAUUGUACGUUCACAUUUCAUCAUAUUUCCCCGAAGAUUUCUAUAUGCCAAAUUUUUAAUGUCAACUUACAUUCUUUUUCUAUGAAUAAUAUGAAACGCGGAUGAACAAAAA